CGCACGCUCUGCGCAGCCUGUCAGUGUCAGGGGGCUGGGCCGGCCUCCGAGGGCGUCUGCUGCCGCCGGCCUCUCUUUCUCACCCGGCCCGGAACUGGAGGCGAGGCCGGCCCGAAGCCUUUCUCCUGGGCCUCUCGUCGCUGACCGGGGCAUGAGGCGGUGACGGAGCCCGGGGGCGCCGCGGGGGCCGGAGGCGGAGGAGCACGAGGAGGAGGCUGUCUGAGCCAGUAUGUGUGCGUCGGUCAAGUACAACAUCCGGGGUCCUGCCCUCAUCCCAAGGAUGAAGACCAAGCACCGUCUCUACUACAUCACCCUCUUCUCGGUGGUCUUACUGGGCCUCAUUGCUACGGGCGUCUUCCAGUUCUGGCCCCACUCCAUCGAGUCUUCGAGUGACUGGGCGGUGGAGAAGCGCAGCGUCCACGAUGUGCCCGUGGUCCGGCUGCCCGCCGACAGCCCCGUCCCGGAGAGGGGAGACCUCAGCUGCCGCAUGCACACCUGCUUCGACGUCUACCGCUGCGGCUUCAACCCCAAGGACAAGAUCAAGGUCUACAUCUACUCGCUGAAGAAGUACGUCGAUGACGUUGGGGUGCCCGUCAGCAACACCAUUUCCCGGGAGUACAAUGAGCUGCUCACGGCCAUUUCAGACAGCGACUUCUACACAGAUGACAUCAACCGGGCCUGCCUCUUUGUGCCGUCCAUAGAUGUGCUCAACCAGAAGACACUGCGCAUUAAGGAGACAGCACAGGCCUUGGCCCAGCUCGCCAGAUGGGAUCGAGGCACAAAUCAGCUGUUGUUCAAUAUGUUACCUGGGGAACCUCCAGAUUACAAUACAGCCCUGGAUGUCCCCAGAGACAGGGCUCUUCUGGCCGGAGGUGGCUUCUCCACAUGGACCUAUCGCCAGGGCUAUGAUGUGAGCAUUCCUGUCUAUAGCCCCCUGUCAGCUGAGGUGGACCUGCCAGAGAGAGGACCGGGCCCCAGGAGGUACUUCCUUCUGUCAUCGCAGAUGGCCCUUCAUCCUGAGUACCGAUCCGACCUGGAGGCCCUCCAAGCCCAGCACGGAGAGUCGGUGCUGGUCCUGGAGAAGUGCACCAACCUCUCUGAGGGCGUCCUUGCCACUCGCAAGCGCUGCCACAAGGACCAGACUUUUGAUUACCCCCAAGUCCUGCAGGAGGCUUCUUUCUGCAUCGUCCUUCGUGGAGCCCGGCUGGGCCAGGCAGCUCUGAGUGAUGUUCUUCAGGCCGGCUGUGUCCCAGUUAUCAUUGCUGAUUCCUAUAUCCUGCCCUUUUCGGAAGUUCUGGACUGGAAGAGGGCAUCUGUGGUCAUACCUGAGGAGAAGAUGCGAGACAUGUACAGUGUGCUGCGGAGCAUCCCCCAGAGGCAGAUCGAGGAGAUGCAGAGACAGGCAAGAUGGUUCUGGGAAGCCUACUUCAAGUCAAUGAAAUCCAUUGCUUUGGCCACCCUUCAGAUCAUCAAUGACCGAAUUUAUCCAUAUGCUGCCAUCUCGUAUGAAGAGUGGAAUGAUCCUCCAGCUGUUAAAUGGAGCAGUGUGAGCAACCCGUUGUUCCUUCCACUCAUCCCGCCACAGUCCCAGGGUUUCACUGCCAUUGUCCUCACCUACGAUCGCGUGGAGAGCCUCUUCAGGGUCAUCACGGAGGUAUCUAAGGUGCCCAGCCUGUCCAAGCUCUUAGUGGUCUGGAACAACCAGAAUAAAAACCCUCCAGAAGAUUCUCUUUGGCCCAAGAUCCGAGUUCCUUUGAAAGUUGUAAGAACAGCUGAAAACAAACUGAGUAAUCGGUUUUUCCCCUAUGAUGAGAUAGAAACAGAAGCUGUGCUUGCUAUUGACGAUGAUAUCAUUAUGUUAACUGCUGAUGAACUACAGUUUGGUUAUGAGGUUUGGCGUGAGUUUCCUGAUAGAUUGGUGGGAUACCCGGGCCGCCUGCACCUCUGGGACCAUGAGAUGAACAAGUGGAAGUAUGAGUCUGAGUGGACCAAUGAAGUAUCUAUGGUACUUACAGGAGUAGCUUUUUACCACAAGUAUUUUAAUUACCUGUAUACCUACAAAAUGCCUGGAGACAUCAAGAACUGGGUGGAUGCUCACAUGAACUGCGAAGAUAUUGCCAUGAAUUUCUUGGUGGCCAACGUUACAGGGAAAGCCGUCAUUAAGGUGACUCCCCGUAAAAAGUUCAAGUGUCCUGAGUGCACGGCCAUCGACGGGCUCUCCCUGGACCAGACUCACAUGGUAGAGAGAUCUGAAUGCAUCAACAAAUUUGCCUCCGUCUUCGGGACCAUGCCCCUCAAGGUGGUGGAGCAUCGCGCCGACCCCGUCCUGUACAAAGAUGACUUCCCUGAAAAGCUGAAGAGCUUCCCCAACAUCGGCAGCUUGUGAGAGAGGUGCCCGCCGCAGGACCAAGGCUUGGAGGCAUGGGUGAGGGCCCUCAAGGGGGCCUCCAGGUAGGGGGUGAGCCCGGCACGAUCCGUGUUUCUCUCUCCCUCGGAAAGCCAGCCGGCCUCUAGCCUGGGUCUCACCUGAGCUAACAGACAUCGUGUUCUCUGCUGACCCUAUUUGAAAAUGGAAGGCUGAGUCCGUAGCAUCUCUCCGUGCAACAGACUGAAGUUCCAGGACUUCUGGCUUGUUGUGACACUGUCUGUUCUAGCCUUGGCACAUUGGAUACAUUGCCUACAAUUUUAGCUUCAGGAAAUUGUGGGAAAAAAGCACCCCCAUCUCACUUUUACUUUUCCAAAUCGGUGGGCUCUUUGGGGAAGAAAAUCCCUAACUUGGACUCAAAUACCAAACAGCAAAUCAUGAUUAUAGGUGAUACAUUGGCUGCAGCCUGGGAUCAUGGGACUUGGUUCAAGAGGAGAGGCUUGAAGGCCCCUUGUGCACCAUGUACUAUUGUCCUGGUCUGGCUUUUUAAUAUAAUUAAAUUUUAUUUUUUACCUUUU